AUGGCUCUCACGCAUGGCUCACACGAUAGUCGUCUGCUCACACAAUGGACUCAUCUUCACAGUUUCAAUCAUUAUACACGACCCAAAGUGCUCGCAAGAAUAUCAAAGACAUGUUACAAGCCUGAAAACUUCAAUAGGGACGACGACGCCGAUCAAGACGUGAAAGACGCGGCAGUUCAGAGCUUCAUCAAAGGCCUUACAACUAGUGCUGGCCAUUUGCCGUACUAUCUAACCCCUGAGUACCCUGGGCUUGGCACGGGGUAUAUAGGCUCCUCGGCCUCCGUGCCUCUGCCUCUGACCCUAAGGUUUACUCUUGUUACACCCACUAUCCUGCAUUUCUUCUCUGUACCUCGUGGUGGUCCCGGCAUACUUAUAUUUGGCGCCUUUCCAGAAUCGUCAGGGUUUCCCUUGGCUUGGCAAUGCUUUAGUAGAAUAAUGCAUUUCGUUUUCGACUUGCAACAUGGGAGGUUUCUAGGAUUCGUUAAGACACAUACUAAGAAGUUCGUGAGUAUGCAAGCGGAAAUGAACGUCACAAUUGCUCCAAUUGCCCACCUGGAGAGACCCUUCCACGCAUGCGGCAGAGCCCUGAAGACGGAAUUCACCUGGGAUAGGAAUGUAGGGCAUUGUAGGGGAAGUUUGUUGCUUCGCGAGGGCGAAGAGAAGAACAAAUCUAGAGACGAUAUUGUUAGAAAUGAUGAAAAAGGACGCGGGAGCGCCAUAACAGAACACCUCCCUCAUUCCAUCAACCGACAAAGUAGGCCAGUUGCCGCUAGAUUGACUAGUUGUUCAGAAGGAUGUAUCCGGAUAUAUCUGCGCCUAAUUGAUAGUCAGCUUCCAAAUAGAAAUCGCAUCAUAAAGGCACACUGCGCAGAGUUUCACAUCGCAGUAUCUCGGGAUAAUGAAACACGGUCGUGUUCGAUUCUUAAUGUUUUGCGGUUUAAUGAGUGUCAUCGGUGCGAAUAUGAUAUGAGCAAGGCGUUGUUGAAACGCUUGACUAAGGAACACAGAAUCAAAUACAGCCAGUCUUCCCAGAAUCAAUUUGGCCCCUAA